CAAAAUUUGGUUGGGAAUAGAUUUUGAGGUUGGAAAAACAGAGGCAGAGUGCGUGCCGAUGUGGUUCCUACCGGACGAGAUCUGGAUCAAGAUCCUUGACAUGGGGGCGGCCACUAAACGUCUAAGCUGCCGGGAUCUCUGCUCGUUGGCCGUGACCUGCCGCCGCCAUAACCGCCUCUCCAACGACCCUUCUAUCUGGUCUAUACUUCUAGCCCUAGAUUUUCCCCAACCAAUUUCAUCUUCCUCCUCCUCGCCGGAGAUACCUUCUAAAUCGCUCUACAGAAUUAGGUUUGAGAGGGAUAAGGCGCGAAGGAUUACUGCAUGGAAACGUGGAAUCCUUAUUGCAGAGAGCCAGGUCUCUGCUUGCAGAGAAAGGCUGGAGGAGGUGAAGCUUCAGCUGCGGAAAGAGGGUGAGAGGAUGAAGGCAGCAUUAGAAGAGUUAGGCAGCCUGGAAAGGAUCAGGCAAGCCUCUGUUGCUUUAAAUAUCUGGCAGCCAGAGUUAGUUCGAGGAAGUCAAAGACAAUUGGUGGAGCAAUGCUUUGUUCCUAUUGAGUAUCGCCUCAGCAACCUUAAGAUGGAAGUCGAUUGUUGUAAACUGCAGAUUAUAACUUACAAGAAUGCUUUUAAGGAGCAGAAGCGAAGGCUGGAGGAAAGUGAAGUCUUCUUGUCCCGUCAGAAACAUAACCCUCUUGAAAUUUAUUUUUCAGGUGUUUCUGGAAAGGAUUCUGGUGCUAAGAGAAAGA